AUGGCCGAUAGUACCUUAAGCAACCCUACAGAGCAAGAUACAAUUGCGAUUACACCGGGCAAUAAACGUUCCUUGAAUGAGACCACUACAAAUGCGGAACACAGUGUUAGUAGCCCAGAUAAUAGUGGGCAGAAUGAGAAUCCAAUUCAGAGGAAAAAGAGAGCUAAAACAUCUAUUGUUUGGACAAAGUUUGUGGAGAUGGUUGUCCUAGGGGACUCCAUUUCCAACUGCCUUAUGGAAUGGGGUAUUGAAAAUAAGGUGUACACUAUCUCAGUGGAUAACGUUUUAAGUAAUGACGUUGCAAUUAGAAUUCUGAGGAAAAAAUUUAAAGUUAUGGGGAAUUUGAUUCGUAGAGGGAAAUUGUUUCAUGUUAGAUGUUGUGCCCAUAUCUUGAAGCUCAUUGUUCAAGAUGGAUUUUAUCAGAUUAGGCAUAUCAUCGAUGACAUCCAUGAGAGCGUCUUAUACAUCAAUGCUUCAGAGAGUUGGAUUAGGGUUUUUACUGAGAUUGUGCAACAACUUAAAUUGAUGUUUCAGAAGCUUAUUCUACAUUGCAAAACAAGAUGGAAUUCGACGUAUGAAAUGUUGGCAAUGGCGAUUAAGUUUAAAAAAGUAUUUCCCAAGUUGAAAGAAACAGAUUUAAGUUAUCAUUACUGUGAACAGGACGAGGAUUGGGAGAAAGUGGAGAAAGUGUGUGACAUUUUAAAUGUUUUUAGUGGUACAACCAAUCUCAUUAGUGGGAGUGAUUAUCUGACAUCUAAUUUAUUUUUAAAUGAGGUAUAUCUAGUGAAAAUGAUGUUGGAUAGUAAGAGUGAAGACGAAGAUGAGUUCAUUAGAAACAUGGUGAGGAAAAUGAAGGACAAGUUCUAUAAAUAUUGGGGGGAAUGUAGAGUGCUGAUGUGUGUGGUUGUUGUACUGGAUCUUUGA